CUGACAUGGCGUAUCAUCAACGCAACUUCAGAUCUUUUUACUACGAAACUUUAGGAGUUAAAGGAGUCGAGGAGAAGAAAUCACUCGAAAUUUUACUUCAGGAGCAGGACAUCGAUAAGGAGCGACUGGAAACGUUUUGUCUCAAGUUCAACGUGCCGUCCUUGUACAGAGGUGUAGUGUGGAAGCUUGUGCUUGGCGUUUUACCGGCUCAUCAAGGAAUUCAUCACUACGUGACGUCACAACAGUGCGCGCGCUACGAGGCAUUGAAGCAUACAUUGGUGGUGAUUCAGAGGACUUGUGCUACGUUCCCUGACAUUCCGUCGGUGUAUUUGCAGCUUAGAUUGAUGGAGAGAGGAGAGUUGUUAAUGAAGACGCCGACGAAUGGAGUGGCAAUUUGCCCUCAUAAUCAUUGUGUUGCACGAGCUGUUAGUGACAUGUUUCAUGAUGAGGUGGACGGAUAUGUGAUUUAUAUGAAAAUGACGGAAAUUCAAGAACAAGUUAAAAGCAUGCAGGCGAUGCUGGAACGUGAUUUUGUCCAUUUCUUGAGAUUGGAAGAUUCUCGCCUUUAUUCUCAUAUCACCCGUAUUGGAUCAACUCUUGCUAUUCUAUAUGAAAGCAUUGUUGCUUUGACUGCAGGUGGUUUGUCAGGCUGUUUGCCGACGUGAUGCCGAAUAGUUCCCUUGUGAGAAUUUGGGAUAAACUGGUGGCUGGUUCGUUUAUGAUUCUCGUUUUCUUGGGUGUUGCUUUGCUGAUUGUUUGUCAUCAAGCAAUCAUGAGGACUCGAGACGCAACACGAAUAUCCACAUUGCUACAAUCA